CGCAAGGCCAAUAAGCAGGGCCCUUGACCUUGGAGCUGAUAUUGUUGUGACGGGUAGAUGCGUUGACAGUGGGAUUGUAUUAGGACCGCUCAUUCAUUCUUUUGGCUGGAGUAGGGAUGAAUUUGACUUGCUAGCUGCAGGAAGGCACAACAUAGGCUUUCCCAUUGUAGAAUGUUCCUCUGAAGGAGACUUUAUUCUUUCCAAACCACCAGACACAGGGGGACUAAUUUCUUUUGGCACUGUAGCUGAACAGUUGGUGUAUGAAUUGGGCAAUCCUCAGCGAUAUCUUUUACCAGAUGUCACAUGUGACUUUUCGGAAGUUUCCAUCACUGAAAUUCCAGGUUUUGAUGGUGGGGCAGUGAAAGUUCACGGAGCAAAAGGAUCUCCUCCUUCAACAUUUUAUAAGGGUCCUCGGGAAGCUGUUAUUUGGCUUGCUGUACACCAUAAGCGAAAAGAAGCUGUAGAAAUCUUCUCCAGAGAGAUUGCACCAGCUGGAACUGGCAUGGAGUCAUUAAGGUUGGAAAAGACCUUUAAGAUCAACUCCAACCAUCACCGCAACACCACCAUGCCCACUAAACCAUGUCCUGAAGUGCCACGUCGGUCUCCAGUUUUGAAGCCAUUUUUCUUCUAUUAUCCCAAAAGCAGUGUGCAGACCAACCUAUUUUUAAAUGGACAGCAUGUUGAGACAUUUGAGGAGGAUCUCACGUUUACAUCAGAUGAGGUUGUUUCGUUUGAUCCACCUAAGAUUAGCAGUGAAUUGAAAGAUCUGCCAAGUGGUCCACAUACUUAUCGCUUGGAAGAUCUUGCCUAUACUAGAAGUGGAGACAAAGGCAACUCUGCAAACAUAGGUGUGAUAGCACGGCAUCCCCUCUACUAUCCAUACCUAAAGAAAACUUUAACUGCUCAAGCCCUGGAGGAUUACUUCCAACACCUUUUAGAGCAAGAAAAACCUGAAGAAGAACUAGUAACAAGAUACGAGUUGCCAGGGAUCCAUGGAUUAAAUUUUGUUCUGAAGAAUUCUCUUGGUGGUGGUGGCAUAGCAUCCCUAAGAAGUGACCCACAGGGCAAAGCACUUGGACAGAUGCUGUUGGAUUUCCAGAUUAAAAAUGUUCCUGAUUUAAAAUCAUUGAUAGAGUAACAGGUGUUUAAUACAUACACUUUUAACACUGAGUGGCAUAAAAACAUGCUACAAACAAGAACUGGCUUCUUGAGUGAGAUUUUUUUUUUUUUAAGUUGACGAGUAGAAAUUAGUGAUAGUUAUCUCUCAGAGGCUUAGCUAUACAGCACAGAUCAGCACAUGUUUUGGGUAAUACCAAACUAAUAGCUUUGUCUGUGACUGAUAACAUUUCCUGUCUAGAUGAUACAUUGGAUGAAGAAUUAAUUUAUUUCCUGUAAAA